CAGCGCUGGAUGGAUGGCGCCGGUGGGGGCUGCGUGGAGCCGAGCUGAGCGGAUACGCCCACGGCUCAGCCUCCUCUCCGCCGUUAAAUCACACGGUGGGACACGCGAGCGGACGGAGACUGUUGUCGACUUCAUCCGGGGGCAGGAAAGGACAUGGGAGCGUCUGGCCGGCCCAAACAACAUUCGUUUGACAGGAGCCGCCAGAGGACGACUUGCCAAAGGACGAGUGACAAACAGAUGCCAACAGCGGCUCUGGCAGGGAGCAGGCGGAUUCUGAAGAAGUAAAGCACGGCUGGAGAGGGGCCGGCUUGUAUGGGGGCCAAAUCCCCGUCCAAGACACACUGCUGCGCCUCAGUCCACCGCCUCCGUCCUGCCUCCUCUUUUCUCCCAUUCGCCUUCUGUCACUCUCAUGGGAGUGACAUAGAAGCCUCCGAAGGAACGGGGGCGUCCACGUAGGGAUGUCGUGGAAAAGGAACUACUUUGCGUCCGGCGGCGGAGCGGUCAGCGGGGUGCAGGGGCUGGCGACCCCAAGAACCAUGACCUCUAUCGCGCCCAGCAAAGGCUUGAGCAAUGAGCCGGGACAGAACAGCUGCUUCCUGAACAGUGCCCUGCAGGUUUUGUGGCAUCUUGACAUCUUCCGCAGGAGCUUUCGCCAGCUGACCACGCACAAAUGCAUGGAGGAUUCUUGCAUCUUCUGUGCACUCAAGAGCAUCUUUGCCCAGUUCCAGUUCAGCAGCGAGCGGGUGUUGCCAUCCGACGCGCUUCGGAGCGCCCUGGCCAAGACCUUCCAGGACGAGCAGCGUUUCCAGCUGGGUAUCAUGGACGACGCCGCGGAGUGCUUUGAAAAUCUUCUGAUGCGGCUACACUUCCACAUCAGCGCAGAAAGCCGAGAAGAUAUCUGCACGGCCAAACACUGCAUCCCGCACCAGAAGUUUGCCAUGACCCUGUUUGAGCAGUGCGUGUGUACCAGUUGCGGCGCCACGUCGGACCCGCUACCCUUCAUUCAGAUGGUUCAUUACAUAUCUACCACGUCCCUAUGUAACCAAGCGGUGAAGAUGCUGGAGUGUCGCGAGAAAGCCACACCGGACAUGUUUGGGGAACUUCUUCGCAACGCCAGCAACAUGGGAGAUCUGCGCAACUGCCCUAGUAACUGCGGAGAGGUGUUACGUAUCCGCCGCGUGCUGAUGAACUCGCCAGAGAUCGUCUCUAUCGGGUUGGUGUGGGACUCGGACCACUCUGACCUGGCUGAGGACGUCAUACACAGCCUGGGCACCUGCCUGCGCCUGGGAGACUUGUUCUACCGUGUGACAGAGGAGCGAGCUCGCCAGGCAGAGCUCUACUUGGUGGGCAUGGUGUGCUACUACGGCAAGCACUACUCCACCUUCUUCUUCCAGACCAAGAUACGCAAAUGGAUGUACUUCGACGAUGCCCACGUCAAAGAGAUUGGCCCUAAGUGGAAGGACGUGGUGUCCCGCUGUAUCAAAGGCCAUUAUCAGCCACUGCUUCUGCUCUACGCCGACCCCCGUGGGACGCCGGUGAUACUGCAAGAGAGCGCAAGCCCCUACGCCGGCACCGACCCGCAACUGGAGCUCCAGCACGGCAGCAGCAAGGCCGGCUACGACAGCGAAGACUCGGGUCGAGAGCCCUCCAUUUCUAGCGACACCCGCACGGACUCAUCGACGGACAGCUCAAGCCACCGCGCCUACCGCAGCCGGCCGCUGCACCAGUCCACGGGAAGCCACCUGUCCAGCGACUCUCAGACCACCGUGGUCCCCAAUUACGAUCUCGGAACGCCGUCACACACUGCCGACACAGGAGAAUUAGCAGUGGAGGGCCCUCCCCGGCCUCCCUCACCGCCCCUGCAAGAGUACAAGGAGACGGCCGUCUUCCUGCUCUCAUCACGGCGGCCGCUCACUUCCUCUUCAUCCUCCUCUCGGGCCCUGUCCUCCUCUUCCUCUUCGGGGGUGGGCGGCUGCGAGAGUGGGGUCGGGGGGCCUCACUGGGAGAAUGAGAGCACCAGCAGCGAAAGCAAGUCCAGUUCCUCUGGUGGCUGCUACCGCCCCACCUGGAGGCCCCGAAGAGAAGCUCUGAACAUCGACAGCAUCUUCUCAGGCCACAGCCAACGGAUCUGCUCUCAGGGGUACCACACUAUGCCGGGACCCUCUCACUUGCCUCCACCCCAGCCGGCCAUACCCUGCCUGCGGCCCACCACGCCUACACCGCGGAGCUCACAACCCUCGGAGGGCAGGGAGGCUGCAGUGCUGGAGGCCAGAUCCAGGCUGAUUGGGCAGGCCAGAUCUACAAUGGGCCCCCCUGCUCCUCCGCCUCUGAGGGGGGUAGAGCACCAACCUCGCCUGAUACAGAGGAUGGAGAGCGGCUACGAAAGCAGCGAGAGAAACAGCAGCAGCCCUGACAGGGAGGUGGGGCAACAAAAACGGGCGCUAAUGUCCGGACCAUCAUGGCGCUCAGUGCCCAAGUCAAAGAGCACCGGCGCUAUCCUACAGGAGUCACCUUCACCCGGCUGGUGUCGCACCGCCAACCCUGGACGCAGCGAGCUGGAUGAGCUCCAGGAGGAAGUGACCAGGAGAGCCCGCCAGCAGGAGCAGCAGAAGCGCAAGGAGGCAGAGCAAGAGGCGGCCAUGGGCUUCAACCCCAAACCUAGCAAAUACAUGGACCUGGAUCAGCUCCAGCACCAGGCUGUGCUCAGACCCCUGCAUGAGGCUAGCGCUCCGAGCGGCUCGACCGUAGCCGCGUGCAUGAGGAGCGCUGGCGGCCCGCUCAAAGGCAGGCAGGAACAGGAAGCGCAACAGCGGGAGUCAGGAAGCACCCCCUGCCCACAGGGGCCUCGCAGUGAACAGCCAGGCCCGGUCCAGGUACUGCUGACACCCAAUCAGAAGGAGGAAGAGGACUAUGACCAGGAAGAGGACGCAGCUUUGAGCCAAGACCCGCCUCCUCUGCCUCCACCUCCACCCUAUCGCCACCCGGUGACUCCUCCCCAUCCAGCGCUAACCCUCAGCAUCACCCACCCGUGCGCCCCCUCCAGUGACGUCAGUGGGGGGGUGAGGCUGUGUGAGUUUCUCCAAGCUGGGGGGGUGAGCGUCAGACCCUUGGGGAGGCACUUGGCUAUUUCCCUGCCGUCGCUUCCGCUCUGCUUUUGGGAGGCGCCGGUUACGCUCCCCCCGCCUCCGCCGCCCCCCGUCACCAAACCUAUCACGCCUCUCUGGCAGCCCCCCCAGCCCAGUUCCACCUCAGCCCCUCAGCAUUGGCCGCCCUCCGACGGAGCCACCCGCCAUUGGUCCUCCUGGAGUCUAGAUCGCCCUGACGCCAUGGUGACACCCUACGACACCCCACCGGACCGCUACGCCGCCAUCCCUUUGCAAGCGCCCAGGCCUGGUCGGCACCCAGCUCGGGGGAACUACGGCUCCCAGUAUGCCUCGGGGCAACACGGCUGUGACCGUGAGGAGCCGGAACUAACAGAGCUCACGGAGCUUGACACCCUUUACCAGGCCAGUCUGCAGGCUGGGAAGACAGGCUGCAGCCCAUCAGAGCGACUCAUCUCCAGGGUUGGAGGGCCAACUCGCUCUAGAACCCCCAACGCAGACAUGGAGAGGAGCGUGUUUGGGCCAGACGGCGCCAGCACCCCCACCUACCUCAACAAGCCAAUGAUGUUGCAGGGACUGCGUUUAGGGGCGGGGCCAAACGAGGAGGGGGACAACCCAAGGAGAAUGGGACGCAGCCUGAGCGGCACAGUAGUGGUGACCCCACGACACGCACGUCUGACCGCCACCCGCAGCUUCGAGUUGUCGGGCAGCGCUGGGAGUUUCUGGCUGUGUCUGACCGGCGUCAAACUGUCCUCCAACCAGGGUCGUGCUCAGCCUCACUGAACCCUAAGAGCCCGCUUUGACGGGUGUGGAUCGGACAAAAGAUGCUCCUCUCCCGGAAUGCCGCUAACACGCAAACACCCACGCACGCGCACACCCACCUGCAACGCAACGUAGAGACCCCCUGCUUUGCCCCCUCCCUCGCCACACCUUCGCCCCUUGCCCCACUACUCUGUCUAUGCAGUCACAGUUGACCCUGACAACCUCAAACUUCUCCUGAUGUUGCUCCCCUUACGACACUUUCCUGGGGCAGAUGUGGGGACGCUCCGAGUAGCCACGCCUCUUCCUCUUUCUCCACGGGCAUUUCCUGGCGGACGCACACACGUAGCAGCGGAACUGUAUAUCUGAUAGACAGCCAUAAUUUCUCUUUUUGUUAUGUUUUUUUGCCCGAGGCCGUGUACAGAACAUGUAUGAACUCUAUGUUAACAAAUGAGACCUUAUGGAAUGUUAAAGAAUAUUCAACAUAGAAGUGGGGGUGCACUUCACAAGUGUCGAAGCAGGACAUUGUUUGCCCCCCCUACCCAACCCCACCGCCCUCCUCCUCUUUCUGACCCCCAAGCUCACCUACCUGAAUGACAGCUCUCCCGUUUCUACCGGGAGAUUGAACAAGAAAAGCGUCUCUUCUGUUAGAUCUUAUCAUUUCUGACACCUUUUUGAAUUCUUGCUCUAUUGUCAUCCAAAUAGGAGGGGUUAUGUCAGACUAAUUGUUAGGCUUUGGGUUAAGGUUGCAUAAAAACAGUCUAGGGUUACGUACUGUGGAUAUAAUUAGUCUUCACACCCUUCUUUAAAUGCCAUUUUUUCACAAUAUAAAAAAUAGAUGAAGAUAAAUUCAGAUUUACAGGAGUUUUAGUGUAAUUGGUGGAUCAGGGGUGUGUAGACUUUUUAUUUCCAUUCUGUGUUUGUCAGUCUAGUCUGGGUGAACCUUAACCGUAGUAGCGAGGCGUGACCAGGUGAGAAUGUAGCAUGGGCUUUCUUAACGGAACCAAGCUUUGACUCUAGUGCACUUUGCGAAGCGGAUGCGAUGGUAGAAGAAGUGCACUUUUUUCAGGAAGGCUGCUUGAAUGAAAAGGGGAUGCUUGUUUCACUUUUAAAUGGUCCUCAGGUUAAAAAAAAAUAAAACGUGAUAAACUUUAUUAUACUGAAUAGGCUAAGAUGUACACGUUGCUUUAUACGCUGUAUUAAGAGGUCUAUUUUCAGCCGGUGACGCGCUGAGAUGUCAAGCAGUUGUACAGUCACCCCACCCCCCCUUUACUAAGCUACAUUAUUAUGCUUUAUGCUGUUCGUGUAAAAAAAAAAAAGAAGUGCAAAUAGAUCGUUGUAACUAAACCAAAGGUUGGCAUUAUUUACCAGAGAUGUUUUCAUUUCUCUAUUUUAUUUUCAAUGUUAUUUUGAGGUUGCGGGAGAAUGUAGCCAAAUUGUAGCGCUUCAGUCCGCUAUGCAAGUCGAGCCUCCUCAGGAGGACCAUCACAACAAAACGCCCACCACCCAACACAAGAUUUCAUGUUUAAUGCUGCUGGUGAACUUUGUUGUUCUGCAUCUAUUUACGCUAUAGUUUCAACCAAUGGAAUGCAAAAGCAAAAUCGCUAAAAGAGGGGGAUAAGUGAGAAAGAGAGGGAAUGAAUGUAAACUAAAGGAUCAGAGCGUACGAGGAAGCAAGGGAAGCCGAUGUUUGUGUGUGUGUGUGUGUGUGUGUGUCAAAUUAAGGGGGGGGGGGGGGU